UCUGCAUCUAGUUUGUCACAGUCAUCACUUUCAAUGCAUGUCUGGUUUUACCAUUUAAUUCCAUAUAUUUAAUUUGGUAUAUAUUGGUCUUGUUUGCAGUGAUCAGCCACCCCGUGGAUUAAUGGACAGGAUGUCCCAGUUCAUGUUGCAGUUUGGAGGAAAAUCCACCAAAUGUACAGCUUCAGAAUGCAGUGAUUCAAUUAUGAUAACUGAAGACAUGGAAGGACAAAUGGAUGCAUCUUGUGACAACAGAGGACAGGACCAACUGCGAAAGAGGAACCUCAACAACAAUGCAAAUCGCUGGCCUCUUGCAACACUGAAUAUGAACAACUCCAACAAUACAGAUGACAAAAAGGACGACAGGGAGAUAAAGAAAGAUGAUAAGAAAGAAGAACCAAAAAAUGAUGAGAAGAAAGAUGAAAAGAAAGUUGAGACAAAUGAGAAGAAAGAUGAAAAGAAGGAUGAGAAAAAAGAUGAAAAGAAAGAUGAGAAGAAGGACGAGAAAAAGGAUGAUAAAAAGAAGGAAGAGGAGAAACCAAAACAGGUUUGGAUCAUGGAUCCAGCGACAGAUUUGUACUAUCACUGGCUGACCAUUGUAGCAAUACCUGUCUUCUAUAACCUAAUGAUGCUUAUUACCAGAGCCUGUUUUAAUGAACUGCAGGAUGACUACACCAUCUUAUGGAUAGUUCUGGACUAUUCAUCUGAUGUCAUUUACUACAUUGACACUUUUGUGAGAUCAAGAACAGGUUUCUUGGAGCAAGGGUUACUAGUGAGAGAAUCUAAGAAGCUUUGGGAACACUACAGAAAGUCACCGCAAUUCAGAUUUGAUGUGAUCUCCAUGAUACCAACAGACAUAUUAAUGCUGAAAGUGGGUUACAACAAUCCCGAACUAAGAUUCAACCGGCUUUUCAAAAUGGCUCGUCUUUUUGAGUUCUUCGACCGCACUGAAACCAGAACCAACUUCCCCAACAUCUUCCGAAUCAGCAAUCUCGUCCUGUACAUCCUUAUCAUCAUCCACUGGAACGGCUGCAUCUUUUUCGCCAUCUCAAAAACAAUCGGCUUUGGUUCAGACACAUGGGUUUACCCCAACAUCAGCGACCCUGAGUUUGGCCGUCUUGCCAGGAAGUAUAUCUACUGCUUAUACUGGUCCACUCUCACACUCACCACCAUCGGAGAGACGCCACCACCCGUCCGAGAUGUUGAGUAUUUAUUUGUGGUUUCUGAUUUUCUCAUUGGCGUGCUCAUUUUUGCCACCAUCGUUGGUAAUGUCGGCGCCAUGAUUUCCAACAUGAAUGCAUCCCGUGCAGAGUUCCAGGCCAAGAUCGACUCCAUCAAGCAGUACAUGCAGUUCCGAAAGGUCACCAAAGAUCUGGAGGCCCGUGUCGUGAAGUGGUUUGACUACCUUUGGACCGAACAGAAGACCUGCGACGAAAAGGAAGUGCUCAAGAACCUCCCAGAUAAGCUCAAGGCGGAGAUUGCCAUCAACGUGCAUCUGGAAACCCUUCGGAAGGUGCGUAUCUUCCAGGACUGCGAAGCGGGUCUUCUUGUUGAGCUCGUCCUUAAACUUCAACCACAGGUUUUCAGUCCGGGUGACUACAUUUGCAAGAAGGGUGACAUUGGGCGGGAGAUGUACAUCAUCAAAGAAGGCAAACUAGCUGUGGUGGCGGAUGAUGGCGUCACGCAGUUUGUGGUGCUCAGCGAUGGCGCUUACUUCGGAGAGAUCAGCAUUCUCGGCAUCAAAGGAAGUAAAGCCGGUAACCGCAGGACUGCAAACAUACGCAGUGUGGGAUACUCAGAUCUGUUCGCGCUCUCGAAAGAUGACCUAAUGGAGGCAUUAACCGAGUACCCAGAAGCCAAAAAGGCACUAGAGGAGAAAGGUAGAGCUAUUCUGAUGAAAGACAAUCUCAUCGAUGAGGCUGCGGCCAAUGCUGGCGCAGACCCGAAGGACCUGGAGGAAAAGGUUAGUGUCUUGGAGACCAAUCUAGAUGUGAUGCAAACCAAAUUCGCUCGUCUUAUGGCAGACUGGACAUCCAGCCAGAACAAAAUCAAACAGAGGAUCACCAACAUGGAGGCCCGAGUGAAGACUCUUAGGCAGGAGGAUUUGGAUGAGGUUGUGGAGGAUAAGGACAAAUAGUUCCCCACUGAAAUAGACCCAUAUAGAGGAAUCUGGCAUCAUUUGAGAGGAAUUACUUGAUCUCAAAGUAGUGCCGCAGGAACAUGUACUAUUUAUAGAUGAUUCAGGAAGAGUCUUGGCAUUUCACAAGUCCUAAAUCUAAUUAGUGAAGGCAUGUAAACAAUGACUGAUCAGACAGUUUCAGGCUCACUAAUGCAGGGUUGUCUUAAAGUAAUUUUGAACAACAAUGCGCCAAGAUCAUCCUUCUGAUUUUUGGGCAAUUUGAUUGCUGAUGUUUUCGCCAAGUAUUGCAGUGUCUGAAUUUCAGGUAGUGUGAUUCCUAAACAGAAUUUUAGGAGGGUUAUUGUGCAACUAUACUCUCUGUGAGAUGUCAUGCUUUAAGUGUUUUAACCAGCAUGGGUAAAUAUGCAAAAUAUCCUGCAAUAUUGUUGCAAUGUUCGAAGAAGUUCUUAGGAAUUGCUUCUAAGCUUUGUGGUCUAAUCUGCAAUAUCAAAGCAUUGCUUUCAUGUUAUACCAGAUACCAAAGCAGAACAUCCUUUAAUUUGAUUAAAUGGAGGGUAUUUAAGUAUAUUUUUCACAUGAGAAUAAAAUGGAGAGUCCCCAUUUUAGUCAGUCAUGUUCAGUUCUUGUAUGUGUAUUUUCAUUCAGCUAAUGAAAAAUUGUAUAUGUUCUAGAUUAAAUAAAGAUACUUUAGAAAUUUUCCAAAUACUUGUGUUGACAGUAGAUUGAUUUUUAUUGGAAAAAUGAUCUACAAGUCAACCAUACUGUGCAGUUGUGGGCAUGAUCCUGUUCAGACUUGUCAUUAAUGUGACAAUCUAUGACUUCAGUGUUGGUUCUCCAUGGGGGACGGUAGCCUAACAAUUAGACCAAGCAAACAUUAAAGGGUGGUUAAGGAGCUGUGUUGGAAAUGCAAACGUUGCAGGUUUGACUACUAAGAGAAACACAGAGAGACUGACAUGUAAAAAGAAAUUAGGUAUCAGCAUCUAAGCAUAGUUUCACUCACACACAC